GGAGAGCGGUGAGAGCGAUAUUUUAAGUAACGUUACCGCAGCCGUAUUUAUCUGAAACAAAAUACAGCGACCUAAUCCGCACUAAUGUCCAGUGAAAGUGAAUGUCCUUAAACAGAUGUGAUUCAGUUCACAGCGGCACUUUAAAGGGACAAAAUGCAGUUACAUUUGAUGAUUUAACGUGUCUGUAAUUAAUCCUAAAAUACAUUUCAGCUCGUAUUUCGCAGAGCACAACCAGCUCCGCGUCGACAGCAAAAUCCCUCCAUCCAGGGUGGCUUUUUCUUCAGAUUUCUACCCGCUCCAGGAGAAAGAGGCAAUUCCUGCAGAGCAGACCACCUCAAGUCUGAAAGACGCCAUCCUGCAGGAUUAAGACAGCAGCCUGCAAUCUUGUGUUUGCUCUCUUUCAGUCUGCCAAUCAGCAAACGCAGACGGAUGAGAGGUAAAUAAAUAUGGCGGAUUUCCACCAUGCAGCAUAAUAAGCAGAUAAUGAGUGUAAGAUAAAGGAAACCACCAGUUCGCGAGGAAAAUCAGCACGUAAAUUAUUUUUUAUUAUUAAAGGCGUACGAGGGUUACGACUUACAAUCUAUUCAGUAAAUGAAUGGGUCUUUCUAAUCUAAUAACCCGCACUGGAGCAGCCAAUAUAUUUUUAAAAAUCAGUAAUAGGGAGGUCUGUAUGGAGGCAAAAACACGGUGAUGGGACUAAAGUAGCUCAUCUUAGAGAAAACGACGUCAGAAGAAGAUGGGAUACAAGAUCCCGGGUGCUGCAAUGGAUCGUGUAAGCCUGAUUUGGCGGUUGCGGCGUCGAGCUCGUCGAGGAGCUUUGUGCAUGGCAUUAUUUUGCAUGACCAUGGCUGUGUUGUAUACACUGUGUGCUGAAAACAGCGUACCUGUUACUGAUGCUAUCUUCGGGGUGAGGGCAAGGACUCGAGCACAACCUCGGACACAUUCCAUUGUAAAGGUCCUGAGGGGAGUAGGAGCUAAAACCAUAUACGUUGACCCUCAAAAGCUCCCAGGAGUCAUUCCGGGUGAUCCUAAAAAGCCUAUCCCUGUCCUGUCAUCCUCCACAUAUGCUAUGGAGGGAAGCCACAAGGACCACCCCUUCAGAAGAAGAGACAGGGAGCCACAUGGGCUUCUCUCCUGGCUCUUGGGUGCACCCUUGAGACGUGCCCUUGAGACUAUCCUUGGAGGCAGAAGAAGAGCAGAUGCAGGCGGUCUGAAAGGAGAUGCAGAGUUCUUUGGACCUAAUGGAGCUCUAGGAGAGAUAUGGGAUGAUGAAAUGUCCAGCACUAUGCUUGGAAAACGACUGAGGAAGGUGGUACAGAACUAUCAGGCAAUGAAUAAAUAUGGGGUGCAACUAUCAGGAUCAGAGCGUGCAACAAGACGUCAUAAACUGAGUGGCCCUGAACUCCUGUGCCAACUCAAAGAGAUGGUGCAAAUCACCACAUUAACACCAGAGAUGAAACCAUUUGCUGGAUUUUCCUGGGCCUCCUUGCUGCCUCAACGACCCCUGACCUCAGACCUUGGUCCAUUUAAAACAUGUGCAGUUGUGUCAUCUGCAGGCUCUCUACGAAACUCCGGAUUAGGAAAAGAAAUUGAUUCGCAUGACACAGUCGUAAGAUUCAAUGCUGCACCCACUGCUGGCUUUGAGAAAGAUGUGGGCUCUAAAACUACAGUACGCUUGAUCAAUUCCCAGGUGAUGGCAUCAGAAGAUCAUCAUUUUCUCUCCAGUUCUCUAUACAGCACUGGGAUUUUAGUAGCCUGGGAUCCUGCACCUUACUCUUCAGACCUUAAUGAGUGGUACAACAAGACAGAUUACCCAAUAUUUAAACAAUAUCAGCGCUACCGGCGGCUACACCCUCAACAGCCUUUUUAUAUCCUACAUCCCAGUGUGGAGUGGCAAUUAUGGAGACGGGUACAAGAUAAUAUGGGUGAACCUAUCCAAAAGAACCCACCAUCCUCGGGCCUAUUAGGGACAGUACUGAUGAUGUCACUAUGUGAUGUUGUCCAUGUGUAUGAAUUCUUGCCAUCGCGUCGCAAAACUGAGCUCUGCCACUACUACCAGCGCUUUAGUGAUGCAGCAUGCACACUGGGUGCCUACCACCCAUUGCUCUAUGAGAAGAACUUGGUGAAGAGGAUGAACCAGGGUUCUGACCGAGACAUCUACACUCAUGGCAGAGUGACUUUGCCUGGAUUCAGCACUUUUAACUGCACCCACACUUUCACUUCUUCCACUUUUUCAAAGACAUAAACUAAAGACUGCGUUUACUCAACUUAGCAGUCUGAAUGUAACUGUAUUAAUGGUGCAUGAUUCAUUGUAUGAUCAUUAUAGCCCACUCUGAACAAGUGGACCUACACCCCUCUCAGGAUGUGUGUAGGAAGCUCUGUAAAGUAUUUUAGUAUUAUUUUAGUAUUUUUAGUCAUUAGCAAGCGAUUAAUGAAAUUCCUAAAAGGUAUGAUCGCCAUUUGUUUACCUUCUCUAGUCCAAAGAAGUGUAACCUUGUCUUGUAUUCAAUCCUUGGACGAGUAAGUGCUAAAUAACAAUAAGAUAGAGACACGAAACUGCUUUACUUCUUAGUUGAAUAGCUACAAAUAGCUGUAUAAGUGAAUUAUGAUGAAGUACACAACACUGCAGUAAUUUUAGCCGCGGUAAUAAUCACGUGUAAGAAGGAAACAUUUCAUAUACUAGUUUACCCAGGUUGACUUUUGAUCUUGUAAUUGCCAAAUUUCAGUUUCUUGCUAAAUCCACAAAUUGCUUUUUUUUUAACCCAGUUACAGUGUUCAUUUGAUCUGUAUGAGAGAAUUGAUCUAUUAGGCUACUUAAAAGAGAAUGCAAGCCUAUCUAUUUUAAAAUGUUCCAAACCGAUCUCUAUAAAUUAGGCCACUGAUUUUGAAAUAUCUGACAAUCAAGCACUUAAAUUCACUGACAAUUACAACUGAAAAGCUACAUAUUACCACUGGUGGCCAAAACAUUUUAAAUGCACAGUGCUGAAUACUGACUCACUAAACCUCACUGCCACUCCCCAUAAUAUCCUGACUCAUAAACUGAUCAAUUGUGACUUUUAUAUUUUAAUUAAAUAUUGUACAAGUAGCAUGGAAACAGUACUUGCAAAUAGGGGCCUACUUGCCUAUGUAUGCGCAUACACUCAAACACACACUGCUGUGAUGUCUCUUUAAAGGGAAAUUCCACUGAAAUUGUACAGGUUUAUAUCCUGGCCUAAUAAAACAGUUCAGAUUCAGAGCAGAACAUUAGACAUUGCUGCUAUCCAUUGUGGUGCCUGGUUCCCAGGUGUUUGAAAUAACAGAAUGCUAAGGCUAAAGUGAUAUUUUGUCAGUUUCCACCCUCAGUUAUGUUUUCCUACUAUGUUCUAUUUUUAAUCCUUUUUGGUCCAAAAUAACAAUUGUACCGCAGACCUAGGGCAAAGUAUUACUUCAAGCCCCGGCACAAAACCUUCUUUCUUGCAAUGAGAUUUUGUGGAUGUACAUUACUUAUGUCAUCCAACUUUAAUAUAAAUAGACUUAACCUAAUUACUAGGCAAAUAAACUAUUUAAACAGACUUUUUGGUGUAAUUCCCCUUUAAAAAGCCAAAACACAAGGCAUGGUUUUACUGUAUAUAUGCAUUUCUCAUUACACUGUGAGGGACUAGCAGACUAUACCAACAAACACUGAAAAAUCAGUACUGGGACUGUUCAACCUCAUUCUUUAGAGAAUGUUCUUGCAUGCAUCGCUUAAAUUGCACUGCACCUUACCCUUGGUAAAUUUCUGUUAAUUGUGUUGUUCUUGUUAAAUAAGUUUAGUGAAAGUGCAUGAAUGUUGUUUCACUGCCACCAAGAAGAUCCCCCAUGCUCAUUCAUAAUACUGUAGCCUAGUUGCUGCUUAUAGGUUUCUUUAACAUCAUAAAAGAUACAGAUUCACAACAGUGUCCACUAUUACCUACAUCUUCAUUAACCUAUUUCUAAAUCUAAAUGUUAAAAGCCAGCAAACUUCAUCACAUUCACUUUUGGUUCUUUGUUUGUGCUAGAAAAUCAGAUCAACUGAAAAAUUAGGCUAUGCACAUUCAUUACCAUUUAUGAAAAUGAAAACAAUAUAUUUUAAUAUCAUUCAAGAAACUUUGUAUAUAUGACUAUUAUUACAUUCUGACAUUUCUGUUUGGACUUGGACUUAUUCUGUAUAUCUACAACACUAAAUAAUUUUAAUAUUCUCUCAGCAGACUCUGUAGACAUUCAAAUACCAAAGUUCCUGUUGACGUAUUCCUAAAGGUUUCCUAUGUUACCAAAUUAGAAAAACACAAAUAUGAUUUAACCAUUUAAGUUAUUCUAUUCUGGAAAAACAUAAAUAUAUAUGAUAUAAACCACAAAUAGUUUGCUAGUCCUAGUUUUAAGCAUACAUGCUCUGUCUUCCAUAUUACAUUUCACUCCUACUGUGUACAGAAAAUUAGAUAGGAGUAGAUAGAAUGAACUGUUCAUUCACAGCUUUGACUGGAUAUAAUCUGGAUAAAAGCCUAGUUUGAAUAGGGUCAAAAUAAAGCAAGGGCGAUAGAAAGAGCCAAAGUAUAGCUUAGUCAUAUAAAUACAUAAUUUUGGCCCAUUUCUAAUUUUCAUUCUUCUGUUUGCAUCUUUAGAUUUACUAUCACACCCCAUCUUUUGUAUUAAAAAUCGGCAAAAGCAAUUCCAUACUGCCAUGAUUUAGCUAAACACAACUUCCACUGGCAUUUAUAAUCACACAAACAUCAAUCGGCACAGAACCUCUGUGACUAAUGGAACAGUACAGUGCAGUAUAGAUUGACCUAAAUUUGGAAAACCACACUACUCAAUAAUACAGUUGCAAUGGUUUUAAUACAGUAUCAAAACUGAAAAAAGGAAUGUUUUUAAUACAUAUAAUUAGAGCUCUGUAGAAUCAACACAUUUCUGAAACAUAAAAUAUUUGAGAUUUGAAAAUUAUAUCAAACCCCUAUUAACCCUUUAGACCUGACAGUGGCCUUUGCCAGAUGAUGUUUUUUCCAGUUAUGACCAUGGAUGGCUGUAAUUUCCUGUAGCGAAUUCUGACAGAAAACAGAAUAAUUAUAGAAAUCUUUGGUACAAAUGACAUUUUAGAUCAUCAGCUUUUUAAUCAAAAUGUUCAUGUUCCAUCACAAGUAGCAUAAUGGACAUACAGUAAGUGAACAUAAUUCUAUUUCAGUAUUGAUGACUUUUCAGGCCUUGACACCAAAUUGCAUCAUUUUUUAGGAAUAGUUAAUAGAUUAUAUGAAUCAACUACAGCAGUUAGCUAGCAUUAUUUUUAGGUUAAGUAUGCAGCCUUUAGUUAUAAGGGUAUAACCCCCCCCCCUUUUUUGCCUAGUAAGCCAUUGCUUUCAUUGUUAAGAAAUGAUGGUGUUCACAUUAUUAGUUGUAGUCAAUUUUAAUGGAAUUCUUAUUUUUAUUUUGUACUUGCAAUAUUACAAUUACAAAUUAAAUUAAAUUUCAUUAAAAUGAAAUCGGCAAGUAAUGGUGGUAUUUUUCUGGUUUUAUUAUGAAACGGUUUGUUUAAAACAGUGAUCAGCCCCAAACUCUUAAAACGUCUAUGAAUCUACCAAAGUGUUGUAGAAUUCUGCUGGGGUCUGGAGGGUUAAUACAAGUUUAGAUGAUUACUGAACGAAAUAGAAGGACACUGUAGGUGUGGUCAAAAGCAAAUCAUACUUUAACAGGGCAGCAUCCUCACUGCUACCAAGAUUUGAUUUAGGCGGGUUGCUAGUUUUACCUCAUAGUGUCAUUACUGCCAUUUCAUCUGUUUCACAAUCAAAGCUCUGCAGUCCUGAUGGCAGAAGAGCACAACACAAUCUCAGUGCAUUCCAAGCUUUUUGUUCUCUUCUAGUGCAAGUAAAUAUUUUGUAACUACAUUUUGAACAAAGAUGUUUCAUCUUGCCAUUAGGCAUGACAAUUUUGCCACUUACCACUGUACACUGUACCAUGUAUGUCAAGAUGAAUAAAUUAUAUAAAACUGUG